AUGGAUCAUGACAACUACACCUGGACCCAGACUUUCAUCCUUGCUGGUUUCGCUACCACUGGCACCCUCCGACCUCUUGCCUUCCUGGGGACCCUGUGCAUCUAUCUCCUCACACUUGCAGGGAACUUGUUCAUCAUUGUCUUGGUUCAGGCAGAUUCAGGGCUGUCCACACCCAUGUACUUCUUUAUCAGUGUCCUCUCCUUCCUGGAACUCUGGUAUGUCAGCACCACGGUGCCCACCUUGCUACAUACCCUGCUCCAUGGGCGUUCACCCAUCCCAUCGGCUGCAUGCUUUGUCCAGCUGUAUGUCUUCCACUCCCUGGGCAUGACUGAGUGCUACCUGUUGGGUGUCAUGGCUCUGGACCGCUAUCUUGCGAUCUGUCGCCCUCUGCACUACCAUGCACUCAUGAGCAGACAGGUACAGGUACAGCUAGUUGGGGGUACAUGGGCGGCUGGUUUUACAGCUGCCCUGGUGCCUGCUGGUCUCACAGCCACUUUACCGUAUUGCUUGAAAGAAGUAGCCCAUUACUUUUGUGACCUGGCACCAGUAAUGCAGUUGGCCUGUGUUGACACGACCUGGCAUGCUCAGGUUUAUAUUGCAGUGAUUGGUAUGAUCAAUGCCUCUAAUCUUGUUUUCAUCUUGGGACUCUAUGGAGGCAUUGUGAAAACUGUGCUGAAGCUGCCUUCAGCAGCUAGCCGUGCCAAAGCCUUUUCCACAUGUUCCUCCCAUAUAACUGUGGUGACACUGUUCUUUGGCUCUGCCUUCAUUGUCUAUGUAGGGCCACCAGAGAUUCGAGCUGAGGGCAGAGACAAACUGAUUGCCUUGAUAUACACUUUUCUCACCCCUUUCCUCAACCCUAUUAUUUAUACUCUCCGAAAUAAGGAAGUGAAAGAGGCUGUUAAGAGGGUCACGCAAAGGAUUAAGGCUGUGCUGAAUUGA